AUAAAUAAAUAGUUAUCUUCGGUAUAACAUAAACAAAGCUAAAAGCACACAAUGCUAGUGUCCCCACCGGUUUUGUUGUAGAGCCAUGGCAACAUAUUGUUGGUGGAUACAGAGAGUAAAGAUGGAGGAUCACCAGCCAACUUCCAAUGAACUUCAGGAGCAACUUCAAGCUCUGACAGAAGAAAAUUUGCAGCUGCGUGACAAAAAUGAACACCUUUUCACUAAAGUGGGCUACCUGGAGAGCAGACUGGGCCACCUGGCCAGCUCCAGCACUGACCUGUCCUGCAGGCUGGUCCAGAGUGAGGAGGAAAAACUGAAGAUAUCCAAGGAGCUUGUGGAGGAGAAAAUCCACGUAAAUAAGAUGAGAGAGCAGUUCGAGGAAGAGACGUUUGAGCUGAAAAACAAGAUACUGAAUCAAGUUGGUGUAAUAACAGAGCUGGAAAUGGAGCGAGAAAAGUUAUUCAGGGAACUCCAGGCAGCUGAGGCCCGUCUGAAAGUAGGAGGGAAAAGCAGCCAAGACCUGACAGGGGAGUAUGCCACACUGAAGAAGAAGUACCUAGCUCUAGCUGAGGCCCAUGAUAGAGAGCUGGCCCAGAGUGAAGAGCUUAGUGCUGAGCUGCUGGCACUGGCCCAGGCCCAGGACGCCCUCCGUAGGCAGCUGGAGGAGCAGCAGCAGAGUGUGAAGACUACCACCAAGGGCCUGCACGGUGAGCUGGACAGGGUGCGGGCCUUGAUCAGCCGCAUGUCGCAUAACAGAGUCAAGCUUGAGGAUCUGGCAGCUUUGGAAAAGGAACAGCAUACUAUGAACAAAACUCUACUUGGAAACCAAGAUGACAUCAAAGACAUGCUGGAGAAGAUGAGGAACAGCUACGAGGAGCAGCAGAGGAAACUGGAGGAGAAAGUGGUGGCAAUGGGGAAAGAGCAACAGGAGAACAAGAGAGCGAUCCGUAAUAGCCAGCAAGAACUCUCUGGGCAGAGAGCGGCCCUGAUGUGCUCUCAGAGCCAAGUAAAGGAGGUAGAAGAAGAGAACUCAAAGCUGCAGCUUCAAAUCAAGGAGCUGAAUGAACAAUACCGUGCCAGGCUUGUGUGCUAUUUAAAGGACUUAGCUGACUACAUUGAUGGACUUGGAGAAGGUAAAAGCCCUUCUGAGACUUCAGAGAUGAGGGCAUUUGUAGACAGCAUGCUCCAGGAUGUUCGUUCAUCCUACCGGGUCAGAGAGGAACAGCUUGCUGCUGCUGCUCGCUCCUAUAAGAAAAGGCUUCAGAAGAUCACCAAGACACAUCACACUCUCCUUAUUGCGUACAGGGUUCAGAGGGAGCAGAUCUUGGCCAAACCUGAGAGCGGUCUUGACCCUGGACCUCCAGAAGCCCACUUCAGCCUGGAGCCCACUGAGCUCCGAGAUGAAACGGAGAAGGAGCUCCAGCACCUUCGCCAGGACAAAGCAAGGCUGGAGGGUCAGCUGCAGAAUGCUCAGGAGCAGGUAGCUGUCCUCCAAAUGCCUGUUGGAGAUUUCAGCCUUCAGGAGCCGUCAAAACUGGAGGAGAUAUGCGAAGAAUCCUGGUCGGACAUCAGGAAACAGCUGAGGGAGAUGCCAGACUCUACGCUGAUGGGCUUUGAGAAGGAGCGUGCCGUCCUCAUCACCAGAGCAACAGUGGCAGAGGCGCAGGUGUCGGAGUUGCAGGACUACAUUGACAACCACCUGGGCAGGUAUAAAGAGGAGAUCUCACAUCUCUGCAGACUGCAGGGGAUACAGGAGGCGGGGCGCUCCCGAAGUGCUAAUUCAUCACUCAAUUGAGAAAACUGGCCACACAAUCUGAACCAUAAAUGUAUUUUAUG